GCUGAGGUCUGGUGAACAUCUUUAUUUUAAUCGCUGCUGAGGUCUGGUGAACAACAUUAUGAGCUCUUCAAACAGUCCUGAGUCAAGUCCAGAUACAGAUCAAUUUCGUUCAUUUUCCCCUCUCAGUCCUGAUCGACCAACACCAUUUGGACCAACGCCGUCAACUAGCAACGCCAAUGGGUCUACAGGCCCAGCCAGACGUGCGCUAUAUCCAGUGGACAACAACUGCGAUGCGUUUCGUUCCUUGAUGAAUGCCCAUGGUGAAGACGGUCCCGACUCUGAGAUCGUCAUCAAGAAAUCGGACUUGGUGAAAAUUAUAAGCAACCAAGAGAAAAUUCUCAAGCAACAAGGCGAGCUUCGGCAACAUGUUGUGGACUCUGGUGGUGACAGCAGACGAAAAAAGAAAAAGCCACCCUUGAAAAUUAAGAACAUGGUACAUAACAUCUAUUCAAAUCUGUUGGAGGAUGGGUAUUCCUGGGAUACCACUAAACAGUUUGGUAGUGAGUGCAACAUGGCAAUUACAAAUAAAAUUAAAGAAGCUGCCAGAAGCCAGUUGCAGGGUAAUUGUGAAGACUUUGUUUUAGAUGCUUCCCGAACAUAUUUCUUUACCAAACGGAAAGAAGUGAAAAGAAUAAAUGCUGGAAAAUCCAUCGAGUUUAAAAAAAAACAGGCCAGAAGGCAAAGAAAACAGCAGAAACUCAGCAGAAGAAAAUCAGCACUACAAAAUAGUUCUUCCGUUAAUGAGAAUGACAAACAUUUUUUAACGCUUGUUCUGAAGACAGAGUAUAUAAGCUCUGAAGACUCUGACUCUGCACCUGAGACACAAGAUGAUGAUGAUGAUGAUGAUGAUGAAAUAAAUAUUCCUGCUGGACGCAGGGCAAAAUCACUGUGCGUGAGGCCACUGCCUUGGCGUUCAGAAACUCUAAAUCGAUGGUUUAAGUUCUUGGAUGCCCGGCAUGAAAAAAAAAUAAGAAAGAUGGGAGUCAAGCCGAUGCAUGUGAGGAAGGAAGGUGCUCUUUCUAAGAGAGACCCACCACUGCACCCUCCAAUGCGAGCAAUAACAAAUCUUUAAAUUUAAAGGCUCUUGUAGUAAAAUUAAAAUUCAAACUUAGUUUGGGCUUGGUCACAUUUUUUUGCUUUCACAAUUUAUUAAUGUGAUUUUAGUUUUAGUUUUUUUUAUUAUUAAAAUGUACUUUUGUAUAAACUUA